GAAGUCUCUGUUUCAGAAUUUCUCUGAUUUUCUUUUUUCUCUUUCUAAAGUCGAUUGGUACAUUUCUCUGAGAGAGAGAGAGAGAAUCCAUGAUCGGGAAGUUUGAUAUGCAAACAACAUUUCCACGUAUAAUCUUCUAGUGUAUAUAUCAUUUGCAUUUGCAUUUUUGAGGUUUUUUUUUGGUUGUUUGUAUUGUAUACAGAGGAAAUAUGGCUACGCCGCCUCCGAGAACGGCGCCGGGUCCAACGUCGCCGCCGUCGCCACCAACCAACACUACCACUCCUCCGCCUUCUGCGGGGACGCCGCCGCCACUGUCCCCUCCACCACAAGCGCCUCCACCCGCUACCCCGCCGCCGACCUCUCCUCCGCCCACGCCACCUUCAACUCCAGCUCCUUCCGUCUCUCCGCCGCCGCCAGCAACGCCGUCUGCGCCUGCUCCGACGUCUGGGCCUCCUUCCCCACCUCCUCCGUCGUCCCCAUCGCCUCAUUCGCCACCCUCCACCAGCCCACCUCCUCCGCCGUCCGAGUCUCCCCCAUCGCCACCUUCGCCGCCGUCGGAGUCUCCCCCAUCGCCACCUUCGCCGCCGUCCGAGUCUCCCCCAUCGCCACCUUCGCCGCCGUCUGAGUCCCCCCCAUCGCCUCCUUCCCACUCUUCUCCAGGGUUGCCUCCGCCGUCGCCGCCGCAUAGAAAACCUCCUCCAGCACCUACUCCGACAUCGCCGCCGCCGUCGGAUAGUGGAAUCUCGACGGGUUUGGUGGUCGGAAUUGCCGUCGGCGGAGUGUUGAUAUUGGCCGUACUGAGUUUGAUAUUUAUAUGCUGUAGAAAGAGAAAGAGAAGACCGGUAGAUUACUAUGUUCCUCCACCUCCGCCACCCAAAGGUAAUGAAUAUGGUGGCCCUGCACAGCAAUGGCAACAAAAUGGUCCACCACCUCGGGAUCUCGAAGUUGCAAUUCCUCCGAAGCCUUCUCUAUCACCUCCAGGGGCAUCGUGGCCUCCACAGAGCAGUGGUGGGACUUCGUCGAAUUAUUCAGGGACUUCGAAUCCACUUUUACCUCCUUCACCGGGGAUGGCCUUAAGUAUGUCGAAAAGCACGUUCACGUAUGAGGAAUUGGCGAAGGCGACCGAUGGGUUCUCGGAUGCAAACCUUCUUGGGCAAGGCGGUUUUGGGUAUGUGCAUAAAGGGGUCCUUACGGGUGGAAGAGAGGUUGCGGUUAAGCAACUGAAGGAUGGGAGUGGACAGGGUGAUCGCGAGUUUCGGGCAGAGGUUGAGAUCAUUAGCAGAGUCCAUCACAAACAUCUUGUUUCUUUGAUUGGAUAUUGCAUCGUUGGGUCUCAGAGAUUGCUCGUCUAUGAAUUCGUCCCGAAUAACACCAUGGAAUUCCACUUACAUGGAAAUGGAAGGCCUCCCUUGGAGUGGCACAUGCGAUUGAAGAUCGCUUUAGGUGCUGCAAAAGGACUGGCAUAUCUCCACGAGGACUGUCAACCCAAAAUCAUUCACCGCGAUAUCAAAUCAGCCAAUAUACUUCUUGAUUUCAACUUUGAGGCAAAGGUAGCAGAUUUUGGACUUGCGAAAUUAACUUCUGAUGCCAACACUCAUGUCUCCACUCGAGUAAUGGGCACAUUUGGGUAUUUGGCCCCAGAAUAUGCUUCUUCAGGAAAACUUACUGAGAAAUCGGAUGUAUUCUCAUUUGGGGUAAUGCUUCUAGAGCUGAUUACCGGGCGUCGACCCUUUGACUCCAAACAAACUUUCAUGGAUGAUAGCAUGUUAGAUUGGGCAAGGCCAAUUCUCAUUCGAUCUCUCGAGGAAGGAAACUUUGAUGCCCUUGUGGAUCCACGGCUAGGAAGUGAUUACGACCGCAAUGAAAUGGGUAGAAUGGUUGCUUGCGUAGCUGCUUGUGUGCGCCAUUCGGCUAAGCUUCGACCUAGAAUGUCUCAGGUUGUAAGGGCAUUGGAAGGAGAUGUUUCCUUGUCAGAUCUUAAUGAAGGAAUAGCACCGGGGCACAGCACAACAUACAGUUCAUAUGGAAGUUCAGACUAUGAUACCGUGCAAUACAACGACGACAUGAAGAAGUUCAGGAAGACGGCGUUGGGAAGCCAGGAAUACGGCAGUACUGGUCAGUACAGCAACCCAACCAGUGAAUUCGGCUUAAAUCCAUCGAGCUCGAGCAGUGAAGGCCAAAAUACUGGGGAAAUGGUAAGUAGGCUGAAGAAAGAUAGUAGAGGGUUCACUUGAAGUAGAGGGUUAAGUUUCAGUUCUUGUUCUUGAUAGCAGACAGACAAUACCAUUUCUCUAUAUGAGAAUUUGGAGAAUAAGCUUAGUACCACAGUGUUAUCAUAAUAAUUCAGUGUUUUUCUCCCUUUGGUUA